UACAAAGAGAAAUAUAUUAAUAUGAAGAGACUGUUGGAAAUUGUGGUCGAAAGGGAGGAGACCGACGACAUAUUCAAAAUAAGCUUUGUAUUGUACGCUCUUAGCACAAUGUUGUGCCCCACAAGCCCCGGCAGGGUUGAUAAGAAGUUCCUAAUUGCAUUGCGUCAUCCAACAUCCAUUAACACAAAGAACUGGGCAUCACUGUGUUGUCGACAUCUAUUGGAUGGGGUGCUGUCGUAUCAGAAAAAUAGGUCUGGUCACAUGAAUGGCUGCAUGGUAUUCCUACAAUUAUUCUACUUUGAUUCACUUAAAUGCAGCACCACAAUUGUUUGUAAAACGUUGCAUCCGGUUGUUGCGUGGACACCAACCAAGUGCAAGAGUAUGAUAGAAUGGAUCAUAGGACAUGGUGGAUUCCACACCUGCUCUGUUGAAGUUUGCAGAACAGGUGAUAUUCCAGAGACACUGAUUCUAUCCACCACGGCUGACCAAACCAGAUCGGAAGACGACUCAAAUGCCAGGUCUAGAAUGGAUGCUGUGAACAAGCAGAUUGAGAGGCUGAGUUAACUUUUGGACAGCAUGGAAGAGAAAUUAGAAAGUACGGGGAGUUUGAUGAUUGACGUGCUAUAAUUGGGGGGUGUAUGAAGAGCAAUAGUGAACACAAUCAAGACUGAAUUUUUAACUGAAGAAAAGGAUACCGAUUGGCUCGAGAAUCGUACAUGUGACCCUAGUAAUGAUCUAACAAACAUUGGUAUGGAUAUCGGGACACUGGAACACCGACACCUUUCGCCAAUUUAUGAAACAACUACACCAUCAACAUAAGGUGACCAACAUUCUCCUGCAACAUCAGAUGAGGGCCCUGUUGCACAAAGGGGAUUAGAUUUCUCGAUAAAAGGAGAAAUGACACUUCCAGACUGGACUUUGUUGAACUUUGUGUUCCGGGAACCUUGCAAAGGAGUGGAUGACUCUAGUUACGUAGUCGCCAGUUUUUGCGACAUUAUCUUGACAAAAUCUGAAAUUGACUAUCUGCGACCUAGUAACAAAAUUUACCCCAAGGUGAUGAACAUCUGGGCGGCUUACUUGUCGGACAAGCACUCAGACUCUUGGUUCCUACCCGCCAGUUUCGGGGAACGAGCUUGUGAUUCAAAACUGACUACACGACGAAAUUGGAUGACAACCAUCAUUGAAGAAUGCGGGUUACACAGGUUUAACAGGCGUUUCAAACAUUGCUCCAAGAUCCUUGUCCCUUUGCUUGAUGUGACAUCGAACCACUGGUUUUUGCUGGUAACGAGACCUGCUGCUAAAGUGGUUGAGAUUUGGGACACCAAACAACAAGAUAUAUCGGCUUCAACCAGAACGUAUUUUGAAAGUAGAAGGCUCAAUAUGGCAAUAUGUGUGAUGAAAUUUCUCCAUAAAGUGUUUUCCAAUGAUAUGACAAGACCGAGGGACACUUGCUACCAUAUUCGGUCAUUCCAGAUAGAUAAUCUCAACGUAAGCAAGAACAACGUUGAUCGCUUUGACAGUGGUGUUUAUGUAAUGAAGCAGAUGCAAGGGUUCGGUGAAGUACCGUCUCAGUUUCAAUCUAUUCACGAGAGGAGUGUGGUGUCCUUGUCAAUUGUGAAGGAUCCCAAGAAUGAAAAGCUGAAGUCAAUGAAAGAAGCAGCAGGUUUAAAGCAAACAGAGCGUUCUAUUCCUACAAAACCGGUCGGCAUUCACACAUAUGAUGAAGCAGACUCAGCUAACUGUGACAAUAUUCCAAAGGGAAGGAAGUCUCGCUCUCACCGUCGGAGAAGGGGUCACAGAUGAUUUUAGGCGGCUCAUCAAUUUACGCAUUCUAGUUUUGUUUUAUUUUCUUAGCUUUUAUGACAGUUGAUCAUGUAUAUAAAGGCUACUAAAUUCUUACU